CAGGUGGUCAAGCAGGAGGAGUUCUUCAACCUCUCGCACUGCCAGCUGGUGACGCUGAUCAGCCGGGACGAACUGAACGUGCGCUGCGAGUCCGAGGUCUUCCACGCCUGCAUCAACUGGGUGCAGUACGACUGCGCCAGCCGGCGGCUCUACGUGCAGGCCCUGCUGCAGGCCGUGCGCUGCCACUCGCUCACCCCCCACUUCCUGCAGACCCAGCUGCAGAAGUGCGAGAUCCUGCAGUCGGACUCGCGCUGCAAGGACUACCUGGCCCAGAUCUUCCAGGAGCUCACCCUGCACAAGCCCACCAAGGGCAUGGCCACGCGCGCCCCCAAGGUGGGCCAGCUGAUCUACACGGCCGGCGGGUACUUCCGCCAGUCGCUCAGCUACCUGGAGGCUUAUAACCCCUGCGACGGCUCCUGGCUCCGGCUGGCGGACCUGCAGGUGCCCCGCAGCGGGCUGGCCGGCUGCGUGGUCGGGGGGCUCCUCUACGCCAUCGGGGGGCGGAACAACUCGCCCGACGGCAACAUGGACUCCAACGCCAUCGACUGCUACAACCCCAUGACCAACCAGUGGUCGCCCUGCGCCCCCAUGAGCGUGCCCCGCAACCGCAUCGGCGUGGGCGUCAUCGACGGCAUGAUCUACGCCGUGGGCGGCUCGCACGGCUGCAUCCACCACAACAGCGUGGAGAGGUAUGAGCCAGAGCGGGACGAGUGGCAGCUAGUGGCCCCCAUGCUGACACGCAGGAUCGGCGUGGGGGUGGCCGUGCUGAACCGCCUCCUCUACGCCGUGGGCGGCUUUGACGGCACCUGCCGGCUCAGCUCGGCCGAGUGCUACUACCCGGAGCGGGACGAGUGGCGCAUGAUCGCCCCCAUGCAGACUAUCCGGAGCGGAGCGGGCGUCUGUGCCCUCAACAACUGCAUCUACGCCAUGGGGGGCUACGACGGCACGGACCAGCUCAACAGCGUGGAGCGCUACGACGUGGAGACGGACAGCUGGGCCUUCGCCGCCCCCAUGGGGCACCGGCGCAGUGCGCUGGCCGUCACUGUGCACCAGGGCAAGAUCUACGUGCUGGGCGGCUACGACGGGCACACCUUCCUGGACAGCGUGGAGUGCUACGACCCCACCACCGACACGUGGACGGAGGUGACGCGCAUGACGUCCGGGCGCAGCGGGGUGGGGGUGGCCAUCACCAUGGAGCCGUGCCGCAAGCAGGUGGACCAGCAGCUCGACUGCUGCUAGCGCUGCCCCCAGCUGGGGCGGCCCCUCUCACCCCCCCAGCGCAGGGGUCAGUGUUAACCAGCCGGGCUGGGCAGCCCCCUGCUGCUGCGCCCAUUCUGGGGGGGGGAAGCGUUUUUCCAAGUGCCAAGGGGGGUGGGGGCAGGGACGUCCUGCCCCCCUCCCCACCUGCCCUUUAGUUCGGAGAUGGGCACGUGGGGUCUUCCCAGCCCCUCCCUCCUUGGGAGGAGUCUCUGGGCGGGGUGGCCAAGGAGCGGGAGUUCCCCUUCCACUGCGGAGUUGCGGCCUCGGCCUGGCCAGGGCAGCUGGACCAGGCCCAGCCAUUUUCUGGUGCCCAGAGAGAACCGUUCCCCUGGGGGACACAAGGACGUUCUCCCCCAGGACUCUAGCAGGCUGGAGGGUUGGCAGCACCUGCAGUUACUGACUGGCCGAGUGACAUUCGACGCCCGGUGUCUCUUCUUACCAGUCACGGGUUUUAAUGAUUUCAAACGCUGAUUGUUACAUGAAUAAAAAAUCCCUUUGUGAUUA